AUGGAUGCCAAUGUUAAACAACACUAUCUCGCCGACUCGCCUCCCAGCGUGGUCCGUCUUGAGGUGAAACAUCACUUUGACAAUCUCAAGGACAAGAACCUACGCAAAUACGCUCAUUAUAUUAGCCGAGCAGCCUUUGAAGGAACCCGGAUAACGCUCCGCCAGGUCUCACCGGAGUCUGAACCUAUUUACGACUUGAUUCUUGCGCUGUAUCGAGCCUGCGAUGGGAAUUGGCCCGAGUUGGCUACGAAGACGAACGUCAGCGAUGAAAACCUUCGCUUUUUCCUGGAAUAUUCUGCUCAGUUUCUCGGAAACUGUGGUAACUACAAGGGCUUUGGUGACGCAAAGUUCAUUCCGCGAUUACCAGUCGACGCUCUUGAAGCUCUAGCUUCGGCCACGGCCGAGACGAAAGCUGCGUUCCAGAAAGCCAACACGACGGGAGGAGGUAUCUACGAAACAAGGGAGCAGUCUCUCAUGCACCUUGGUUAUCCAGAAGCUGGGCACAUGACUUCGUACUAUCCCGAUUCGCCAACUAUCACCAAAGAUGAAAUCACAGCCAUUGGAGACUUCUUCGAGCAGAAGGGCAUGCCGCUGGAGAAUACCAGACUCCGAAAGACGGCAUCGGGCGACUUUGAGCUGCUGCUCGCUUCUGGUGUUUCCUCUCCUCCGGCCCGAGACAGAGACCUAGGAGAUGCAGAUUCUUUUGAUCUGGAUGGUCAGCUGAAGGGAAAGAAAGUGCACUUUGUGUUCGGUGACCAUAAGGAGGAGAUGGCGAAGAUUGCUCACAGCGUCAAGCAAGCAGGUCUGCACGCAGCAAAUGAUAUUCAAAAGAAGAUGCUCGAUGCGUACGCUCUAUCAUUCGGUGCUGGGUCUAUCGAGGCGGUCAAAGAGAGUCAACGCCUAUGGGUGAAAGAUCAGAAGCCCGUUUUGGAGACUAACCUCGGAUUCGUCGAGACAUACAGGGAUCCUCAUGGAGUAAGGGGAGAAUGGGAGGGAUUUGUUGCUUUGGUCAAUCUAGAGCGCACUCGAGCUUUUGGGAAACUCGUAGACAGUGCAGAGAGCAUGAUUCCUAAGCUGCCUUGGGGUGAGGACUUCGAGAAAGACAAGUUCCUCAGCCCCGAUUUCACUUCACUAGAAGUCCUGAGUUUCCAGUCGUCCGGUAUCCCUGCUGGUAUCAAUCUUCCUAAUUACGAUGAUAUUCGCCAAAACCUAGGCUUCAAGAAUGUUUCUUUAGGGAACGUACUCUCAGCCAAGGCGCCCGAUGAACCGAUCCCGUUUAUUCCUGAGGCGGACCAAGAGGUCUACCGCAAUUGCCGUGAUCCUGCAUUUGAGGUUCAGGUCGGUAUCCAUGAACUCCUGGGACAUGGUACCGGCAAGUUGCUUCAGGAGACUGCUCCGGGCGAGUAUAACUUUGAUGUGUCCAAUCCGCCGAUCAGCCCAGUAACCGGGAAGCCUGUCUCCUCCUGGUAUAAACCUGGUCAAACUUGGAGCUCCGUGUUCGGGGCGAUCGCAUCUUCAUAUGAAGAGUGCCGAGCCGAAUGCGUUGCUAUGGUCCUUAGCUGCGACUUCAGCAUCCUCAAGAUUUUCGGCUUCGGAGAUGGAAAGAAAGAUAUCUCAAAUGAGGCAGGUGAUGUUCUGUUUGCUGCAUACCUGCAAAUGGCUCGUGCAGGCCUGGUCGCUCUGGAGUUUUGGGACCCCAAGACCAAGAAGUGGGGGCAGGCUCACAUGCAGGCCCGGUACAGUAUCCUACGCACGUUCCUCGACGCCGGUGACGAUUUUGUCAAGCUCGCUUAUACCAAGGAGGAUUUGUCCGACCUCAAAAUCAAAUUGGACCGCGCCAAAAUUCUUAGCCAUGGACGGCCCGCUGUGGAAAAAUAUCUACAGAAGCUACACGUAUACAAGAGUACGGCGGAUGUUGAGGCAGGCAAAGCACUCUACGACGAUAUCACUUCCGUUGACGAGUGGUGGGGAACCAAAGUCCGCGAUAUCGUUCUGAAGAACAAGAUACCCCGAAAGGUGUUUGUGCAAGGCAACACCAUUCUGAACGGUGACGAAGUCAUUCUCAAAGAGUAUGAGCCGACACUUGAAGACUGUAUCUCACCGUCAUAUUCUCAAUUCCCUCUGGAUCCUAGAGUCUGGAUCACCUCCGAACAACGGGGCGGACGACCUUUUAGUCCACGUCGACUCCCCUCAGUCAGUUCAUCUACAUCACGGCCCCCCAAGCCCAUCGCUACGCAUUUCGACGCCUUGUCGUGGCCACCGGAUUCUCGUGGCUCGCCUCCCACGGCGCGGCCGCCUCACCACCAGGACGAUUCCUAUACCGCACCGCCGCCGCAUUCCCCCUGCUCAGAAGCUUCAUCCUCUAGCUUCGCCUCUUCUUGUCCACCCCCAUUCUCAUCGCUCGUUUUCGCAUCCACAAGUGAUCCUCAUCGCCCAGAGCCUACAGCUUUCGAACCGAGCUGCGCUACCUUUACUUCUCCACCUUCCGACGGGGGUCUUUUAGAGCCCGAGCCGUCCUCGGCGUUAGUCGCGGAAACCAAGUCAUCUUUCGCUCGAGAUCCAAAGGGAGACCAGAGCUCUGACGAAGGAGAACCUCCUCCUCCAUACACUGAGGGAUCUAGCCCUAUUUACUCAUUCGCAUACGUUAUGGCGGCAGCAGGGGGCGCGUCGAGUAUUAUUACUCAGGUACAACAAACGGGAGGGCCUCCGAUUAACACACUUGGCGAUGUUGGCGGCGACGAGCACAUUACUCUGGAUCUUCGGGGUACUCGAUUUACGCUAUCUCGCGACGAAUUAUUGACACUACCGGAGUUUGUCCUGCUGUCACUUUUCCCGAAUGGUUUACUUCCGGACGGGCAUAUGAAUGGCUUCCACGAAAGCGAUGUAUAUCCUGUUGAUUAUGAUCCAGCCUCACUCCAAUAUAUGCUAGACUUCUUCCGUUCCGUCGCCCAGUCUAUCCCAUCCUCAGCGUCUGCCUCUCCAGACCUUGACGUAGCUCCUGAUUCUAUGCAGGGCUCGACAAGAGAUAUGCUCCAGGAUCGCGCGGGAAUUAUUGUCUUACGCGAAGAUCUAGACUUUUAUGUCAUUCCUCCUCGACCAGACAUCGAUCACGGAGAGAUGAUGGAGGUUAAGAGGAACGCUGCAAAGGCGCUCUUACGACAAGAUGGUAUAUUUUCAGGGCUAAGGAAAAGCGAUGAGCCUGGUUCUACAGAGCAACAUCUAAUUGAGAUGCUCACCGCAGGGGGGUUCGAUCGUGAGGAUCAUUGGGGCCACCGGGCCCCGGAGCCUAAUAAAGCGGUAAUCUGUAGCCUUGCAUUGGCUAAGCUUCGAACCGACAUCAGGGGUGACCUCGCCAGCAACAAUGUUGGAAUGGCCCAAAAGCUUCUUCUCUUCUGGCGGAAGCCAGCACGACGAUGCUGGUGGGAAGGCGUUGAAUUGGACGACGUCGAAGGCGUUGAAGGCAAAAUCAAGAUUUGGAUUCGUAGGGUCUGGACCCUAGAAAUGAGCGUAAUUGGGCUCCGAUAG